AUGGUUCAAAAGGCCAAAUUAAGGUUUAAGAAACCUAUUCUGUCAUCAUCUGAAAAUCCAAUCUCUCUAGAUGAGCUUCUGUCUCGACUAAGUAAUUUGCAUGAAGAAUUAUCUACAUCUGAUCAAGAACAGACAGAUCUUGAUAGCUUGUCAGGAUACUGUGCUGAUCUGGUGAAUAGGAAGUUGUUGAGACAUAAAGAUUCCGGUGUUCGUGCAUUCACGGCAUGUUGCUUAAGUGAUAUUUUAAGGUUAUACGCACCAGAUGCGCCAUAUACAGAUACCCAACUAACAGAUAUCUUUAAAUUAUUCUUAUUUGAAUUUGAGGAACUGGGAGAUUCAGAAAAUAGUUAUUAUCUACAGCAAACUUAUCUUAUUACCAGAUUGCUUGAAUACAGAUCAAUCGUAUUGUUAGCUGAUUUGCCUAGCGCCAAUCAGUUAUUACAAGAUUUAUUUACCAUUUUUUACAGUGAUUCAAGGACAUAUAAUUCAAAACUUUAUAAAGUUAUUGGUGGUAUAUUAGGUGAAGUCAUAUCAGAAUUUGACAUUGUACCUAUAUCAGUAUUGAAAAUUAUCUUUAACAGAUUUUUGACUCAUGACAUCAAAAACAUUCCAAAAGGUUUAGGGGUAGCUUCUAAUAGUGCUUAUGAAAUUAAUUUAAUUCUAUGUGAUACUUAUAUUAGUAGAAUGAGUAGACAUUUUACUAGAUAUUAUUCAGAAGUUCUCUAUGAACUUUCCAAUGAUGAAAAUUCACAUCAUGAAAGUCCUAGGGAAAUUUCAAGAUCAUUGGAAAAAUUACAUAGGUUAACUAUUAGAUUGUGGGAAACAAUUCCUGAUAUAGUAUCGCCUGUUAUGGGUUUCAUUUAUCAUGAAUUAUGCUCUGAGAAGGAUCUCUUAAGAUUGAAAGCUACUCAAUUUGUAGGAUCUAUAUUAGCGUCAGAUUCACAAAUUAAUUUUGCUACAACAUAUAAAGAUGUAUUCAAUGCAUGGGUUACUAAAAUAGCGGAUAUAAAUGCAGAUGUUAGAGUGCAAUGGGUUGAAACCAUCCCUGAUAUUUUGGCUUCCAGAGACGAUAUUUCAGAAGAAAUCAGUAAAGGUCUGUCUAAGACUUUGAUAGAUACAGAUAACCAGGUUCGUAAAGCAUCAGUACUUGUCUUUGACACUGUUCCAGUACAAAUUUUGUGGAAUAAUAUUAAAAAUUUAUCAGUUUAUAAUUCACUACUUCAUUUAACGAGAGAGAAGAAUAAGGACGUAAGAGAAUUAUGUAUAUCUACAGUUACAAAGUUUUAUUCCAAAUCUUUAAAGAAUGUAACAAGAUCUACGGAAAAUAAGGAUACGUGGGAUGUCAUUGAUAAAAUUCCUUCAUCGCUGUUCAACUUAUAUUAUAUCAAUGACUUACAUAUAAAUGAACAAGUUGAUAAGGUUGUUUUUGAAUCAUUGCUUUCUUUAGAUAUUGAUGACAAGAAAAGAGUGGAAAGGUUAUUAGAAGUCAUUUCCAAAUUUGACAAAAAAGCCUUUUCCUCUUUUUUUGCAUUUAAUAAAAGACAGGUGCAGAUGUCUAUUGCGUUAUCAAAGUAUGUUGAAUUCUGUGAAAUUAUCAAUGACAAUGGUUCAACUAUAGAUUCCAAUUUGUUGGUAGAUGCUAAUGCAAAGCUUCCGAAAUUAAUUGAAUGGCUGGCAACAGGGUUAAGUGAUCCAGUGAAAGGUAUAGCUGCUCUUGAGGCGAUUAAAGAACUAAACGAUAGAAGAAUAUAUUAUUUGAUAAAAACAUGUAUAUCUAGUGAUGUCACCUUCCAAUCCUGGAAGAACAGCUUUAAGGAAUUAAGCAAUAAACUAAAUGAUUCGUCACUUCUAAGAAAGCAUAAUAUAAAAGCGGUAUCGACAAUUGUUCCUAAAGAAAUUGCUAGACAAUUCAUUAUCCUAAUUUAUAGAUCAUCGCCACUGAUUUAUAAUGUGUCCAAUAUUACACAAUUUUUAAAUACAGCCGAUGGUGAGUAUUUGGAAUUGAAAAGAAAGUUGUUAGAUAACAUCUCUGAAAUUAAUCCAUCCUUACUUAAGGGCCAAGUCAAAAUGUUAGUUGAUUUUGUGAAAAAGCAUAAUACAUUGGAUGAAGAUGAUGCAUCUCUUCCUUUUAGUGAAGUUCUAAAAACUUUAUAUAAAAUUGGGAAGAGUAUGCCAAACGAAAUUAUGUUUUCAGAAUCAUUUUUCGUGGAUAAACUGGAAGAUUAUGCUAUUAAUGGCACAACUCUUGUCUCCAAGUACGCUACAAAGUUAAUUUCUUUGAUGCCAAAUUCAGCGGAUGUUUUAACAACUAUAAGAGCAAUGAUUAUGCCAUUAGAUAUCAAAAAGGCUGAGCGUUUUACCUCUAAUAUAGUUGUGUUGUCAGAAAUAUUUAAAUAUUGUCCAAGAGUCUUAGAUGAAGAUUCAACUGAAAUUGUAAGCUAUCUAAUCAAGGAAGUCCUUCUUUCAAACGAAGUGGUUGGUGAUGAGGAUAUAGAAACUGAUUGGGUAGAUGACAAGCUACUAUACACAUCAAGAUAUAAUGCAUUAAGUGCUAAGUUAGCAUCACUUAAAUUAUUUACAAAUAAGUUAAAAAGUAUAGCUCAUGAAGCUGACAAAGAUGACAUUACUAAUGCCUUUAUUAAGAAAACUAUGAAAUUAUUUUUCUAUUUAAUAGCAAGUGGUGGGGAGCUGAUUUCUGAAAAUAACAAAGAAUUUUAUCCAACGCCAAGUAAUUAUCAAACAAGAUUGCGUUGUUGCGCAGGCCUUCAACUAUUGAAAUUGGCAAGAAUUCCAGAACUAAAUGAAUUUAUCAAACCAUCAGAUAUUAUCAAAUUAAUUAACAUUGUUGAAGAUGAAUCUUUGCCAGUACGUAGGACAUUUUUGAAUCAACUAAAGGAUUUUAUCUCGAAUGAAUUGAUAUCUAUCAAAUUUUUACCUUUGAUAUUCUUUACCGCUUACGAACCUGAUCAAGAUGUCAAAACAGUCACAAAGACCUGGAUCAAUUUCACAUUUGGCAAAGAGGCAUUUAAAAAGGGUACAUAUUUUGAAAGAGCACUACCUCGUCUGAUACAUGCUAUUUCUCAUCAUCCAGACAUAGUUGAGGCAUUUGAGAAUCAAGAUGAUUCCUUCUUGAGUGCUAUGACAACUGCAAUUGACUAUCUGAUGUUUUACUUCGAUUCAAUUGCAACCCAAGAAAACUUUAGUCUGUUAUAUUAUCUAUCAGAAAGAAUCAAGAAUUAUGAAGAUAAGGUAAUCUCUGAAGAUACUGAUGAAAUUGAGAUAUCAAGAAAAGAGAAUUCAAAAAGAAUGUAUAUCAUUGGGGAAUUAUCCCAAAUGAUUCUAAUUCAAUUUAAAGAGAAGAAGGCUUGGCAGCAUUCUGCAUACCCUGGAAAACUAAAUUUACCGGGAGAUUUGUUCCAACCUUUUGCUACAAUUAAAGAAGCACAAGCUUCUUUCAAGACUUAUAUUUCUGAAAAGUCAUCAGAAAAAUUACAAGCUAAUAUAAAAACAAAAGUUGGUAGACUAGUUUAUUCCUCUCAAACUCAAAGACAACGAGCUCAAAAGAGAAUGCUAGCUAGUGAAUAUCAAAGUGGAAGCAAAAAGAAGGCCACUAGAAGAUCAGAUCGUAAAAGCAGACAUAAGGGAUUCACUGACGAUGAAAAUAGUGACGAUGAUGAUGAUUCUGAAAUCGAUGAUGAUGAAGUUUAUAAACCAUCUGGUGGUAGGUCAUCGAGUAAUACUGGAAUGAGAAAAAAUUUGAGAGAAAGGAAAAAGAUCGACUACAAAGAUGAUGAUGACAAUGAUGACGAUGCAGUCGAAUAUGAUAGUUUAAUCUAG